CCAAAAAGGCCAGGAUUUCCGGGAGGUCCAGGAAGCCCGAAUUCACCAGACCAAGGAGGCCCGGAAUUCGCACGAGGUCCAGGAAGAACAGUAUUUCCUGGGGGUCCAAGAGUUCCAGGACUCCCGCGAGGCUCAGGAAGUCCAUGUUUCUCAGGACGUCCAAGAGGUCCUCAUGCAUUCCCGCUACCUCCAUAUCUGCAAAAUGUAACCGAAACAGCAAAACAGGAAUAUUUCCUAAUCGUAACAAACAAUAGUUUGACUCUUGUAGAGCAGAAGGCUAAGAUCCAAUUAUGGGGACGAAAAAAUAAAAUUGAGGAUGAAGUGGAAAACUUCAAUGCCAAUAUGGCAAAACUCAGGAAAGAGAUCGAGAAAAACGUUACUGAACUCAUUCAAAAGCUGCCAGAUGCUUUUAAGAAAAUUUCUGUUAUUACUGACAAUGAGAAGCAAACUCGCUUGCAGCUAUUCGAGGCAAUCAAAAAUCUUACAGCAGAAGAGCCGAAGGUAACCCAACUGUAA